AUGAAUCCCAACUACUGGGUGGAUCGGCUGUUGGCUUGUGCCAGAAAACUGGAACACCCAACAGUGCCCCCCUCCAUAGCUAAUGAUGUCAACUCGCUUCCGGACGUCCAAAUGGAUGCAAUGGGACUCCCUCUGACUACUCUGGAAGAGGAAGAGAGAGCGGAAAGACAGAACACAUCACGGCACGCACAAGUGGCGGUGAGGAGCAGCGAAAUGUCAAGUGGACCUCAGAGUAGUAGUCUUGUUGAAGACAUCAACGGGAACACGUUCAAGAAAGUAAUAAUUGUGGGCAAGACAGGGACAGGCAAAAGUAGCCUGUGUAAUGUGGUGGCAGGCAAAGCCUACGAUGCAGAUCUGUUCCCUGUUUCCGCAGAGGCGCAAGGGUGUACCGACCUAACCACCUUUGGCAACGUCUUUUAUAACGGAAAUAGGGAGACGCCCGUAUCCCUAAUUGACACAGUGGGGUUUGACGACCCCGAAAGGGAUGCGAACGCCAGGCUCAUCUCCAACCUCGUGAUCAAACUAAGAACCAAAUGCGAUUAUGUCAACCUAUUCGUUAUAACUGUGAAUGAACAAGAUCCUCGGCUAGAUGGGAGCCUUAAGUUUCCCAGAGGGAAGGGACUCAAAAACCACAUACUAGACUCGUGCAGAGACAAGAGUUAUCGGGAUGAGGAGGAGGCCUUCCAGAAGGGAAAGCAAGAACUGUGGAAGAUGGUCAAAAUGGCGCCCCCACUGGACACAGAAGAUGUGAAUAAGGUGAAGACAGAGUCGAUGAAACUGAAACAGGAAAUAGAAGAAAAGAAAAAAGAACAGGAGCUGAGUGAGAUGCAAAGACAAUUCUCGCAGAAGAUGGAAUCUUUUGAGCGAAAAACUGAAGAAGAUCGUGAGAGAAUCGAGAAGAAACACAUUGCGGAGAUGGAAACUUUGAAGCGAAAAACUGAAGAAGAUCGUGAGAGAAUCGAGAAGAAACACGUUGCGGAGCUGGCGAAACUGACCGAGGAAAGAGAGGAGGAUCGGGAAAUGUUAGAGGCGAAAGUUGAGAAGCUGAAACAAGGUAUUUUCAAUGAACAGCUGAAGAACAAAGCAGAACUUGACAAGUUGCAAAAACAGUUCGAAGACCAGCAAAAGGAGGAGGAACAGAACAAAAAAAUGUUGAUAACUGCAGGAAACAAUCAUUCCAAGUUGGCGGAUCAAAUUGAGCAGCUGAAUUUGCGGCAGCAAAAGAUGCAAGAGCAGUUCAGACGAGAGAGGGUCGAGCAAGAGGAGAAGCUGAAUGCAAAGCAGAAGCAGAUUGAGAAGCAGGAGCGGGAAGCGGAGGAGAGGUUUGAGAGACAGAAGGCGGAGGCGGAGGAGAAGUUGAGACAGCAGCAGAGUGUGGCAGCUCUGGCAGAGCAGAGACAGAGAGAGGAACUGGUCAACCAAGAAGUGGCGGCGAGUAGCAGCGAAAUGUCAAGAGGACCUCAGAGUAGUAGUCUUGUCGAAGACAUCAACGGGAACACUUUCAAGAAAGUGCUAGUUGUGGGCAAGACAGGGACAGGCAAAAGUAGCCUGUGUAAUGUAGUGGCAGGCAAAGCCCACGAUGCAGAUCUGUUCCCUGUUUCCGCAGAGGCACAAGGGUGUACCGACACAACCACCUUUGGCAACGUCUUUUAUAACGGAAAUAGGGAGACGCCCGUAUCCCUAAUUGACACAGUGGGGUUCGACGACCCCGAAAGGGAUGCGGACGCCAGCAUCAUCUCUGACCUUGUGAUCAAACUAAAAACCAAAUGCGAUUAUGUCAACCUAUUUGUUAUAGCUGUGAAUGGACAAGAUCCUCGGCUAGAUGGGAGCCUUGUCGGAACGAUUCGUGUUUUUGAAGGCAUGUUUGGUGCGAAGUUUUGGUCGCAAGCUGUGAUAGUUUUUACUCGGCUAAAAAUGGAUUCACGAAGUAUCGAAUCACGAAAACGAAUAACCAAACAAACCGACGCUCAGUUGGCGGCCAAAUACAUAAGGUCCGUGCAACAGAAGUUUCCCAGAGGGAAGGGACUCAAAUACCAUAUACUAGACUCGUGCAGAGACAAGAGUAAUCGGGAGGAGGAGGAGGCCUUCCAGAAGGGAAUGCAAGAACUGUGGAAGAUGGUCGAAAGGGCGCCCCCACUGGACACAGUAGAUGUGAAUAAAGUGAAGACAGAGUGGAUGAAACUGAAACUGGAAAUAGAAGAGAAGGAAAAGCGGCUGGCAGAAGUGGAGCAGCAGAGAAGAGAGGAAGAAGAACGCAGACAACAGGAGCUGAGUGAGAUGCAAAGACAAUUCUCGCAGCAGAUGGAAACUUUGAAGCGAAAAACUGAACAAGAUCGUAAGAGAAUCGAGAAGAAACACGUUGCGGAGAUGGAAACUUUGAAGCGAAAAACUGAAGAAGAUCGUAAGAGAAUCGAGAAGAAACACGUUGCGGAGCUGGCGAAACUGACCGAGGAAGGAGAGAAGGCUCGGGAAAUGUUAGAGGCGAAAGUUGAGAAGCUGAAACAAGACAUGUUCAAUGAGCAGCUGAAGAACAAGGCAGAACUUGACAAGUUGCAAAAACAGUUCGAAGACCAGCAAAAAGAGCUGGUAACUGAACGAAAGAAUCAUUCCGAGUUGGCGGAUCAAAUUGAGCGGCUGAAUUUGCAGCAGCAAAAGAUGCAAGAGCAGUUCAGACGAGAGAGGGUCGAGCGAGAGGAGAACCUGAGUGCAAAGCAGAAGCAGAUUGAGAAGCAGAAGCGGGAAGCGGAGGAGAGGUUUGAGAGACAGAAGGCGGAAGCGGAGGAGAAGUUGAGACAGGAGCAGAGAGUGGCAGCUCUGGCAGAGCAGAGACAGAGAGAGGAACUGGUCAACCAAGCUCAGUGGAAGAAGACUGCGGAGAUAAUGUUGAGAGGAUCAAAAGGGAAGAGCACAGAGAAUACAGCAGUGGAUAUCAGAGAUGCCUUUAUGAAUACAUACUCUGGGAGCAUUUGGUUCAUCUAUGUCUGUGAUAAAAACAGUGACUAUAGUGUCAAGUGUAAAGAUGGAGUGGGUGAGACAGCAGAGUGGAAGAACAAGACAGAGUACCCCUACAACAUGCACAUCUACACUGUCCCUAGGUCAGACUACAGCAGACAAAAAGCAACUGAUGAGGAGAGAGAGAAGAUAGAGAGUGUGAGUAAGAGUGUGUUGUCUGAUAUGGAGAGUAGAGUGGGUAUGACGUCACAGAAGAUGAGGGAUGAGCUCAUCACCCGUCUGGGCAGAAGUGGACUCAAGUGGAUGUAUGUUAGAGUGGGGACAGGGGAUGAAUAUGGGAUUGAUUAUUGUAUUGCGAGUCGCUCUGUUGAUACAUGUGGCUCCAACUGUUCUAUUGCAAUCUACCUGGAUGACUAAACAUGUAGCACCACUGGACUUCAACCUCAUUCAAUCGGAUGCUUUUAUUGGAUACUCUUAGAUAAACCACUCAAAACCGUUGAAAUCUUGCGCGGUUUUUGAGCGUUUUUUUUUUAGAUAAACCGUUCAAAAACCGCUCAAACCGCUCAUUUUGAAGCAAGAUUUUGAGCGUAAUUGUCUAAAAAAAACCGCUCAAACCGCUCAAAUCUUGCUUCAAAUCAGGUUAAAAAUCUCGACUCGGGCAGUGCACACUCAUCCACUACCCGAGUCGAGAUUUCUUUACCAUCCACCAUCCUUGUUCACUCCUUCCACCCAUCUCUCUCUCCCUCUACUCAAGUGCUAUGCUAUAUUUCUCAUACUUUUUCAUUUACUUGUCCUAGAUCUCAACACAUCAUCACUAUCUCUCAUUUCCACAUGAACUUUUAUUACAAUAUAUAGCAACACUUUUCAUCUGUUAUGUUUCCCUGAUUUCCCACAGACCGCCUUGCCUGGUUCACCAGUUAAGCGUACUUCACAGCCGAUGAAUCGAAUUCGAUUCUGUUUCCUCUGAUUGUCAAAUGACAUCAAAUUGAUCAAACUGAAAUGACAUAUGUUUUCACUAUUGCAGUGAUGUAAUUCAUUUUCUCCAGCAUUAGCGAUCAUUAUAUUAAUAAUAGUCUUAUCACAAUUUUUAA